AUGGCCAAGACAUUUGAAAAGGAGAGAAAGCGCAUCGCGAAGAAGAAGGGCGGCAAGAUUGAGGCUCUUCACGCCAACAGCAGAAACGCCAAGCGACUUCACACAGCCGUCAUUCGUGAUGACCGUCUGAAGGCUCUUGCUGCUGCCCGCAAGAAGCAAGACAAGCCCCUAAUUCGCCGUACUCGCUUCUUCUUGGAGGCCGCACGCGAGAAUGAGCUGAAGCCUCUUGAUGAAGCUGCCGUCCAGGCCAAGAUCCUAGAGUUUGUUGGGCAACACAACGAGGAAUAUGAGGAGAUCAAAAAGACACGCCGUGCCGGACGCCCACCCAGCACAAGAGAGGAUCUGCUGAAGAUGGCCAUUGAGGCUCUUGAGACGGAGCACAAGAAUGGUUUCUACCUGCCCGAUCUCUCUUCGGAGAAGAACCUCGAGAUGCUUGAGCGCUGGGACGGGUCCAACUGGGCCUUCCUCACAAACGUGACCUGGGUCAAAAUCUCCGCCGAUGGCACGACUAAACCGUCAAGCUUCCCUCCCCAAGGUCUAUGA